AUGGAUCAUUUCAGUCUUUGUAGCCAAAACCCUAAUUCACCGCCGACCACUUCCUCAUCCUCUUCCUCUUUCCAUGGCCACAAGGACAAAACCGAAAACACGAAACGGUCAACCUCCACGUUAUCGACGGAUCCACAGAGCGUGGCGGCGCGUGAGAGACGUCACAGAAUCAGCGACCGAUUCAAGAUUCUACAGAGCAUGGUCCCUGGUGGUGCGAAGAUGGACACAGUUUCUAUGCUCGACGAAGCCAUUAGAUAUGUCAAGUUCUUGAAAGCUCAGAUCUGGUUUCAUCACAAUAUGCUUCUCCUAUUAAACGACCAAGAAACUACGUCGUCUUGUAGUUACUCUCCUUCCGGCGUCGGAGAAUUUGAUCCAAGACUCUUUGGUUGUGAUGAAGAUUAUGUCCCUGUAACGGAGACGUAUUCACAAGGCAUGCCACUUCUGUUUACGGACUCGGAGUAUUCGAUGUUGUUUGGUUCGGCUGUUGAUGAGCAAGAAGAAACCAUGCAUCGACGUGGCUUGUUUUAG